GGCGCCAAGUGCGCUAUCGAUCGCGAAUAGCGAAAAUGACUAUGAGAGUAGCAAGAGACUGAUCAGUGAUCUGCUAUCGAAACACCGUGUAUGCGCUGACCUGAUUGGUGAAAAUGGGUGUUUCUUGUGCGGAGAAAUUUAACCUACGUAGAAAAUUAGGUGUUGACUGAACUGUAGCGCGAUCACGUUCCAUGGAAAAUGUUGCUGUCAGUCUUUGCAGGUGUCGUAGGUUUAGCAGUACAUGUUGUAUUUCUAUUCUCGAUAUUUGAUAUUUAUUUUAAGUCGCCUAUCAUUCACGGACUGCCGGCAUACGAAGUGCCGUUGCCUUCGCCAGCUUCGAGGCUGGUGCUCAUCGUUGCAGACGGUCUUCGCGCGGAUAAAAUAUUCGAGCUUCAGAAAAAUGGAACAUCGAGAGCGCCGUACCUGAGAUCAAUUAUAACUGAAAGAGGGAGCUGGGGAGUGUCACAUACCAGAGUGCCAACAGAAUCGAGGCCUGGCCAUGUUGCCCUCAUAGCAGGAUUUUAUGAAGAUGUCAGUGCUGUCACCAAAGGAUGGAAGCAUAAUCCUGUAGAGUUUGAUUCAGUGUUCAACAGAAGUCGACAUGUAUGGGCAUGGGGUGCAGCAGACAUGGUGCACCUAUUCACAAAGGGGGACCAUGAAAAGCAUAUUCAUGCGCACACUUAUGACACAAAUGAGAUUGACUUUGCUGAUGAGGAUGCCUCCAGGCUUGACUUAUGGGUCUUUGGAAAGCUUCAGGAGUUCCUGCGCAGUGCAGAAGACAAUCAGACACUGACUGAAAUGCUUAGACAAGACAAAAUAGUUUUCUUUUUGCACCUUCUUGGUUUGGACACCAUAGGACAUGGUUAUAACCCUGACUCUAUAGAGUACUAUGAAAACAUUGCAUUGGUUGACCGUAACAUCAGGCACAUGGUAAAGCUCAUUGAAGAGUUCUAUCAAGAAGAUGGAAAAACUGCUUACAUCUUUACAUCGGAUCAUGGAAUGACAGACUGGGGUAAUCAUGGAGCAGGUAACCCAUCAGAAACUGAAACACCCCUUAUUGCCUGGGGAGCGGGGAUUGCACCACCUCGGUUGUCAGGGCGUGAUGGCUACUACGAUGGCUACUCAGAAGCAUGGAAUCUUUCCUUAUACAGAAGAGUGGACAUCAAUCAAGCUGAUUUGGCACCUCUUAUGGCUGUUCUCUUGGGUGUGCCUAUUCCAAUCAAUUCUCUUGGUGUCCUGCCUGUUGAAUACCUCAACACUGACUGGCACUUCAGAGCAGUUGCACUGCUUACAAAUGCAAGGCAGAUUCUGGCACAGUUCAAAGAGCAAAAACAGAUUAUAGAGGACACAACAUUUUCUUUAUUUUUUCGUCAGUUCAGGGACAUGAUGCCCAAGAGACAGCAUGAGCUGAUUGAAAUGAUUGAAACUUUACUCAAGCAGGCAAGGUACAAGGAGGCAGUGCAAGUCAUCGAGAAGUUUAUAGAACUCUCAUUGAAAGGGCUUGUGUACUAUCAGAAGUAUGACAGACUGACCUUGAGCAUUGCAGUAGCCCUUGGAUUCAUUGGCUGGAUGGCUUUCGUAAUCCUUCUUGUGCUACGCAACUACACGGGCAUCAUGUGCAAGUCACUAGAAAGCCAGUCUAACAAGAGAAAUCAAGAGUGGCAAGGAAAAGUGAAGAUUAUUUCUACGUCCAUUUUAGUGCUGUUUUUGUCAACUAUACUCCUAUAUGUGCAAAAUGCACGCUUUAUGUACUAUUUUUACUUCCUCAUCCCAAUUGUUUUAUGGACAAUGGUUUUUUAUGAGCUCGAUGUCUACUAUGAAGCUAAAGCCUAUCUGAGACGUUUUGACAUAAAAAUGUGGUUUUUGGCUCUGACCCUGGUGGCAAUUUUCGCAAUGGAGCUUGUGGUAAUCACAUUUUUCUACAGAGGUAUUAUGUCUCUUGGCCUGUUGGUAAUAGGCUGCUGGCCUUUCAGCACUUCUUUAUCAAAGAAAUUGAGUUGUGCGUGGUUGAUAGGGUGCAUUGUGCUUGGAAUAUUUCCCCUUUUGCCUGUGAUUGGCAAACAGCACAACUAUACAUUGGUGACGCUUUCUGGCUGGGUCUGCAUAAUUAUAUUUUCAUAUUGUGCCAGAAGGCCAGAAUUGGGAUUGAUUAGAAAUAGCAGGCAAAUACCAAAAGAGCCACAGAGGUCUGUUAUUUUGACUGCAGUGCAGAUUGUGUUGAUUUGGGUGGCCAUUGCGAUUGUGAGAAGCACUGCAGACAGCAUUGAGCGCAAAGAGGGGCUCCCAUUAUUCAACCAAAUACUGUCAUGGCUUCUGCUGAUUUUUUCCCCAGUUUUGUGCCUCUUCUCAACCACAAGUCUCUUGAACCGGCUGCAGAACCUAACUUUGUCAUUGCUGGUUCCAUUUCUUCUGAUGUGCAUCUUCUACGAAAGCCUGUUCCUUAUGGCAUUAUGCUUCGUGAUGUUCCUCUGGAUCUGUAUUGAACAUCAGCUUUCAGGUUCUACACUGAGGUUACAAGACAUGACUUUUGAGUCUCAAGAUGCUUCGUCACAAACAAAGGCUGUAACAUAUCACAUACGAAUUGAUGAUAUCAGAAAGGCCUACUUCUUUAUUUUCUUUAUGCUCGUUGCAUUCUAUGGCACUGGAAACAUCGCCAGUCUUAACAGCUUUUCCAUCUCAAGCUUCUACUGUUUCAUGACAGUGUUUCGACCAUUCACAAUGGCUGCCAUCUUGCUCAUCAAGGUUUUGAUCCCAUUACUUAUAGUGAGCUGUGCAUUUCGCGCCCUUCUACAGUCAAUUAAGGUAUCGAACACGGCUCUUUUCCUUCUAGUCGUCGUCUUGUCAGACUUCACAGCAUUGCACUUCUUUUUUCUCAUCAAGGACAGUGGCAGUUGGCUUGACAUUGGCAUGUCAAUCAGCCAUUACCUGCUUGCCAUGGGAAUGAUCAUCUUCACAGCAGUGUUUCAUGGCCUUGCCUGGUUUAUGACCACAUUCUCACUGGAGUGCUCUGGACAUGAGUUAAAGCGUCAUCUUUUGUGACAUAUUCCAAGCUUAGUAUUUUACAAGCACUUUGGCUCUGUCACUUAUGGCCAAGAAGUUUGAUAGUGCCGCCUCACAUUCCUUAAAGCCGUAUUAAAUCUCUGUAGUAUAUUAUAUUUAUUGGUGAAAUUGCAACUUUUCAUGAUAACUAAUUAUCGACACCUUUUUUAAUUUACUUAAACUGCCUCCUGCACUGUGAAGUCUCUUUUUGUCUGUGUUUAUUGCAUUACAUAGUAAAUAGUGUUGACCAUAUAGUCCUUUAUUUAUUCAUUCAUGAACCUUAGUGCAAAUUCAUUCACAUUGUGCACUCGUCAUCUGAGAGCAAGACUGCUAUUUUUGAACCUUUGUUUACUGCAUAUAUUUUCUGUCUUGGCUAAUUUGAUACACAAAAAAUAAAAAGCACAGUUUCUCUUGAUCUCAUUUUAUGUCACUCACAUCUACCAUGAAUUUUGCAGAGCCAUACGACGUAAACUGUAAGGCUUGUUUUGUACCAAUCUAAUGGAUUCUGCAUUAGGAUUGGUGUCUCAUUAGGUUUGGUACAUUUUUCAGAUACUUGCCCCACCAUCAUACAUCUUAGUCUGAGUAUUUUAAUGCUUUGGUUCCAGAGAACACCUCUGUCAUUCAUUUAUGUGGCUAGUGCUUCUUUUCACUUAGUUGCAAGUCAUUUGCUGCAUUGAAUGGUAAAGAUAUAUGGCAUAGAAGAGAUUGUACUGUGUUGUGGGUGAGCACUGUGAUAGGUUGGUGAUACUCAUUGCAGUGCUGUAACACUCUAAAACUCUUCAUGACUGAUUACGAUGUGAAGCCCUGGCAGCAAGAUGCCCCUUUGGCAAAGACUAAUUCAAAACUUCGCAGUAGUCCAUCAAAUGACACACACCAUCCUACCAGUUUUGUGCUCAUUGUAUUGUAUUAAAGGGUUUUACUAAAUAGUUUAAAUGCACUACAUUAUACAAGGGGCUAAUGGCAGCUGCACCACCACAGAAGACUACUUUAGUUUUUAAUGGGCCACUAAAUGUAUACAUGAGAUCUUCCUGUUCAUUGGAAAAAAUAUGAGACUGUGCAUGAUAUUGAAGCUUAAGGAGUCCCCUAAUUUUCAUAAUAAUUGUUGUAGAAGUGAAAGAUAUGUUCACAAUGUUUGUUACUGUUUGUAAUUCCUCAGUGAGAAGACAGUAUGUUUAUAACAGCAUCUUGUGCGCUAAAAUUUUUGAAAAAGUAGUUCAAGACCUUGUAUUCUGCACCAAUAAUGCAUUAUUGGCUGUGUUAUUAAACUGUAGCAAUAUUCUGUGAAUGAUUCUACUGUUUGGUGUGCUUAUUAAAUUCGCCAUAUUUUUCUGAAAUUGAAUGCUUGAGAUUUUGUGCUAAACUUUAGCUUUUCCCAGUGCCUCUAAGAGAGCAAGUUUGAGCUUUAAAAAUAAAGUGAAAGAUCUAUGUAAAGGGACUUAAAAGGAAGGAGUCAUAAUAAGCGUUCCAGUUUAAAUACGUAUUGAUGGAAACGUGCCAAAGGUAUGUGUUCAAAGUUUGCAAACAAAUUGAAUUGUGUGUAUCCAAUGCAAAGUAUGAAUCAGUAAUGCAGUGUUUGUGUGAUGUACUUGUAUGGUGCCAAAUCCACUGUACUGGGAAAUGGUGUUAAUAUUUACACUGCCCUCUUUACACCUUAGAAGCGCACAAACUAUAGAAUAAAUAAAAUGUUAAAAUAAAGCAUUACAAUGAUGAAUAGAACUCUACGCACAUUGUUUAUAAGUGGAUAGUGUUCUUAAACUGCUGCUCUCUCGUUUUUUGAAAUAAACAUUUUUUACACA